AUGGCCUUGAGCUUCUAUGUCUUUCACCUCUUCUAUAAGUUCAAAGUGUUGGUGCUUGUCACUUUGUGUUUGAUGGUGCUAUGGGCCACAGUCAGUUACUAUGUGGACUCCAGACAGGAAAUUCCUAAAGCUAAGAGCAUGGUGGAGGAUUUCAGGAAGGUGACUAGCCUGGAGGACAGGCAGAAGCAAGAGAAGAUGGAAUCAGUUGCAGAAGUUCCCACAGUGAAAUCACUUCAGGAUGAGUGCCCAGCUCUGUCUCCGUACCUGAUUGGUGCCAGCAAACUCACCUUCAAAGCAUCACUCACACUGGAAGAAGUGCAAAAGGAGAACCCUCAGGUAGCCAAGGGCCGGUACCACCCCCCAGAGUGCUCAGCACAGCACCACGUGGCCAUCAUCAUCCCACACCGCAACCGAGAGAAGCAUCUGCUGUACCUCCUGGAGCACCUCCACCCCUUCCUGCAGAGGCAGCAGUUGGACUACGGCAUCUAUGUUAUUCACCAGGCUGGCAGCACCAAAUUUAAUCGUGCUAAGCUGCUGAAUGUAGGAUACCUAGAGGCCCUAAAAGAAGCUAACUGGGACUGUUUCAUUUUCCAUGAUGUGGAUCUGGUGCCAGAAAAUGACUUUAACAUUUACACGUGUGGCCCCGGACCAAAGCACUUUGUAGUUGGCAGGAACAAUACUGGAUACAGGUUACGGUACAAAGGAUAUUUUGGAGGUGUAACUGCUCUAACAAGGGAUCAGUUUGCCAAAGUCAAUGGAUUCUCUAACAACUACUGGGGAUGGGGUGGAGAAGAUGAUGACCUACGAAUCAGGGUUCACCUGCAGAAGAUGGGAGUGAUGAGGCCACCUGCUGAGGUAGCCAGGUAUACGAUGAUCUUCCACAAGCGAGACCAUGGUAAUGAGGAGAAUGAAGAGAGGAUGAAGCUUCUAAGUCAGGUAUCUAACACAUGGAAAACAGAUGGGCUGAACUCCUGCUCAUAUAAACUGCUCUCAGUGGAACGUAACCCUUUAUACAUCAACAUCACGGUGGACUUCAGCGCACAGCCCAAGGCCUCCUAAGGGUGAGCAACACACAG